UCUUUAUUAUUUUUUUAUUUAGCCACAAAGGGGCCCAAAGACUUGGCCUAAGGCGCCCUAAGUUGCCAACAGAAUGGAAGCAGAAAUAUUUAAUACUGCAGUGACUAUUGGGAUUAAACAAGAAACAGAGGAUGAAACUACUUAUAAAGCAGAAAGCAUUGUGGUAAAACAAGAAACAGAGGAUGAAACUACUUAUAAAGCAGAAAGCAUUGUAGUAAAACAAGAAACAGAGGAUGAAACUAAGACAGAUAUCUUCACAACGUUUUCACUUUUUGUUGAUUCAAAAAUAUCAAAUUCUGAUAACAUAAAACCAGAUGUACCAACAUUUUUAAGUGAUAUGGACAUAAAGCCUAGUGAAUCAACAUCAGCUUGUCAUGAUGAGAGACAGGAUGGAUCAAAUGUACAGCCCAGCCAGUUAUCAAGUUUAUCCACGUGUAAAGAACAAUUUUCUCUUUUGAAAUCUGAGAUAUAUCAUGAUUUAGAUGAGCUCAAGCUAAUGCAUACAGAAGCCAUACGUCAUGAUUUAGUUAAAUCCAAGUUAAUGUAUACAGAAACCAUAAAUCAUGAUUUAGAAGAGCUUAACCUUAUGCAUACCGAAGUCGUUGAUCACUUAUCUGUAGAUAAUCAGACUAACCACAGAAAGCGCAAGAUCUCUGAGUCAUGUUCACUCGGUGUAUCGCCUCAAAAAAAGAAAAAGAGUACAGUUUCAGCAACAAAAAUGAUCGGGAGACCCAAGCAAAGUAGAAAACAGCAAUCACUUGUUGAAGGUGUUGAUCAGCAAGCCAAAAGGAUCAGUAAAAGAAUACUCAAAGCAAAAAAGAAAAUCAAAACAAACCAUGUGCCACUUGAUACACCAGUAAAGAGACUUGGGCUAAGAAGAAAAAACCAAUCAAAUGUUGAGGUUGUCAAUCAGCAAGGCAAAAGAAUUAGUAAAAGGAGACUGAAAAUAAACAAGACACUUAAAACAAAUGUGCUAGUUAAUACACCUGAACAGAGACUCAGGCAAAAAAGGAAAAGAAAAUCUUAUGUUGAGGUUGUUCAUCAGCAUGGCAAAAGAAUUAGUAAAAAGAAACUGAAAAUUAAAAAGAAACUUAAAAUAAGUGUGCCAAUUGAUACAUCUAAACAGGGUGCUGAGAACAUUGGUGCCUCUAAAUCUGAAUCAGGUAACCCAGAUGAAAGUGCCAAGAAACCCACUGUGAAGAGAAGACACUUGAAAGUGGGAUACUGUUAUUAUUGCAAAAAGUUAUUUAAAUCCCAAAUAUCAAAGCACUACCUUCAAGUGCAUCGAAAAGAAAGUGAAGUUCAACAAAUUAUGCAGCUUCCAAUUGGCUCAGUGAAGAGAAAAAAAGCUUUAAGGAUUUUACUAAAUAAAGGGAAUUUUAAGCACAACGCUGAGGUUUUAGAGCUUGGAGUGGGAAACAUUGUUACAAUGAUGAAUCGUUCCCACAGUUCAAAAGCUACAGAUUACAAGUCCUGCACUAAAUGUUUUGCUUUUAUAAAAGCAAAUGGAACCUCACAGCACCUAAAGCGUUGCCCAGCAUUGAUUAACGUAGAAGGAAAGCUGGGUACAAACCAAGAGCCACUUGAUACACCUGAACAGAUGUUUGACUGCCCAAUUGCUACAGUUGACGAGAACAAUAUUGAGGUCAACUCUGUAACAAUCAACCCACUGGAUGAGCAUACAAAUAAGCCUACAAGGAACAAAAGGCCCAUUAAAAUAGAUUGCUGUUAUUAUUGCAAGAAUUCAUUUAAAUCCCAAAUCUCAAAGCACUACCUACAAGUGCAUCGAAAAGAAAGUGAAGUUCUAAAAAUUAUGCAGCUUCCAAUUGGCUCAGUGGAGAGAAAAAAAGCUUUAAGGAUUUUACUAAAUAAAGGGAAUUUUUAUCACAACACUGAGGUUCUGAAGCUUGGAAAAGGGGACCUCAUUCCAAUUAAACACUGCAAAGGAUUCACAAUCAAACAUUACGUGCCUUGUACAAAAUGUUUUGCUUUUAUAAAGAAAAAACAAAUAUCCCAACACCAAAGGCAUUGCCCUGCCACAAAAGGAGUUGAAGAAAGAAAUGCCUUGAGGCUUGGGAAGACCAUGCUCUCUUCCUUAAUACCAGUGACUGAUGAGGAUAAUCCUGAAGUCCUAGAAAUAUUUGAGAAAAUGAAAGAAAUAAACAAAUAUCCAGAGAUUAAGUCUGUUUGCAAGAAUGAUCCUCUUAUUUUUGAAUACUGCAAAUCCCUUGUAGGAAAGUUAUCUGAAUCACAUGAACAACAUCAAAAAGAUAAAGACAAUAUUCGAACAAAGUUAAGACAUUUAGCCAGGUUAUUGCUAUUGUUAAAUAAUGAUGAAAUCGACAGAAAAGAUUUAUCUUUUUUUAUAGCUGCAGCUAAUUUUGACAAGGUUGUAAAAAAGGUUAAAUUCAUGUCAGAUGAGGCUGGAUCUCCGUCACUAGCUAUGUUGCUAAAGAACCACCUUAAAUAUAUUUGUAUUUUAAAGAAAUGUAUUGGCAUUAGAUUAAAGGAUGAAACUUUACAAAAAGAGGCUGAAGAAUUUGAAAGUUUAUGCUGGAAAGUCUCAACCGAGAGUGACUUAAUUUUUGACAAAAGUCAAUCAGAGCUGAUGACAUACACCGAGCUUAAGUCUGUCACACCUGAACAGCUUAAUCAGAACAGAGAAGAUUUUAACUCUGAAUCAAGUAACCUAGAUGUGAGUUCAAUGAAUUCUUCUGAGAACAAAAGACCGAUUAAAAUUGAUUGCUGUUAUUAUUGCAAGAAGUCAUUUAAAUCCCAAGUCUCAAAGCACUACCUACAAGUGCAUCGAAAAGAAAGUGAAGUUCAACAAAUUAUGCAGCUUCCAAUGGGCACAUUGGAGAGAAAAAAAGCAUUGAGAAUUUUAUUAAAUAAAGGGAAUUUUUAUCACAACACUGAGGUUUUAAAGUUAGGAGCAGGAAAACUGAUUACAGUCAAACAAAACCCAGGAUCAACAUCUGAAGAGUACGUGCCCUGCACAAAAUGUUUUGCUUUUAUAAAGAAAAAACAAAUAUCCCAACACCAAAGGCAUUGCCCUGCCACAAAAGGAGUAGAAGAAAGAAAUGCCUUGAGGCUUGGGAAGACCAUGCUCUCUUCCUUAAUACCAGUGACUGAUGAGGAUAAUCCUGAAGUCCUAGAAAUAUUUGAGAAAAUGAAAGAAACAGAUAAAUACCCAGAGAUUAAGUCUGUAUGCAAGAAUGACCCUCUUAUUUUUGAAUACUGCAAAUCUCUUGUAGGAAGAUUAACUGAAUCACAUGAACAACGUCAAAAAGAAAAAGACAAUAUUCGAUCAAAGUUAAGACAUUUAGCCAGGUUAUUGUUAUUGUUAAAUAAUGAUGAAAUCGACAGAAAAGAUUUAUCUUUUUAUAUAGCUGCAGCUAAUUUUGACAAGGUUGUAAAAAAGGUUAAAUCAAUGUCAGAUGAGGCUGCCUCUCCAACACUAGCUGUAUUGAUGAGGAACCACCUUAAACAUAUUUGUAUUUUAAAGAAAUGUAUUGGCAUUAGAUUAAAGGAUGAAACUUUACAAAAAGAGGCUGAAGAAUUUGAAAGUUUAUGCUGGGAGGUCUCAAUUGAUGGUGACUCAACUAUUGACAAAAGUCAAUCAAAGCUGAUUAUAUACCCCAAGCUUAAGUCUGUCAGACCUGAACAGGGUGAAGAAAGCAAAGAGGAUUUCAACUUUAAAUCAAGCAACCCAGAUAUGAGUUCAACGAAGUCUACUGGGAAGAAAAGGCGCAUUAAAAUAGAUUGCUGUUAUUAUUGCAAGAAGCCAUUUAGAUCCCAAGUCUCAAAGCACUAUCUACAAGUGCAUCGAAGAGAAAGUGAAGUUCAACGAAUUUUGCAGCUUCCAAUUGGCUCAGUAGAGAGAAAACAAGCUUUAAGAGUUCUUCUAAAUAAAGGGAAUUUUUAUCACAACGCUGAGGUUUUAAGGCAUGGAAAAGGGGAUCUUAUUUUAGUAAAAAGUAGCAAAGAAUCCACUGAUAAAAAAUACUUGCCCUGCACAAAAUGUUUUGCUUUUGUAAAGGAAAGACAAAUUUCCCAACACCAAAAGUGUUGCCCUGCCACAAAAGGAGUUGAAGAAAGAAAUUCCUUGAGGCUUGGAAAGACCAUGCUAUCUUCUUUAAUGCCAACGACUGAUGAAAAUAAUCCUGAAGUCAUUGAAAUAUUUGACAACAUGAAAGAAAAUAGUAAAUACCCUGGCGUUAGGUCUGUUUGCAAAAAUGAUCCACUUAUUUUUGAAUAUUGCAAAUCCCUAGUAGGAAGGUUAACUGAAUCACAAGAACAACGCCAAAAAGAUAAAGACAAUAUCCGAUCAAAAUUAAGACAAUUAGCAAGGUUAUUGUUAUUGUUAAAUGAUGAUGAAGUUGACAGAAAAGAUUUAUCGUUUUAUAUAGCUGCAGCUAAUUAUGACAAGGUAGUAAAAAAGGUUAAAUUAAUGUCAGAUGAGGCUGGAUCUCCGUCACUAGCUGUAUUGAUGAGGAACCACCUUAAACAUAUCUGUAUUCUAAAGAAAUGUAUUGGCAUUAGAUUAAAGGAUGAAACUUUACAAAAAGAGGCUGAAGAAUUUGAAAGUUUAUUCAAGACUCAAUGUAACCCCAGGGUUGGAUCUUGCAACUCUCGUGAAUCAGAGCGGAACUUAUACUACAAGCCAAGAGUUAUCCCUUCAACUCAAGAUCUUACUUCACUCACAGACUUUUUAGUCGGCAGGAUACAAGAGUUGAUCAAACAAGACCUGGAGUUUGAGAACUGGACAAAGCUCGCUAAGAUUGUGCUCCUGAGGACAAUUUUGUUUAACAAACAGCAGAUAGCUGAGGUGGAGGCCAUUAAAAUAGGAGAUUAUGAAAAGAGAAUUGAGCAUGGCGUGGAAAUCAAUGAGGAAAUCAUGGAAUCUCUGCCUGUGACAGAACAACUGCUGGCUCACAGAAUGGAUUUGAUAAAAGUGAGAGGGAAAGCCAAAUGUUUUAUCCUGCUGACUGCUGACAUGCAGGCUGGCAUCCAACAUUUGCUGCUACACAGAGCUAGGGCUGGCAUCAAGGAACAAAACCUGUACAUGUUCGCAAGGAGAUCUUUGCGGCCUCUAGGAGGUUGUCAGGUGCUGCGUGAUGUCCCAAAACAGUGCCAGGCUGUCAGGAGACCAGACCUGAUGGCAUCCAGUCAGCUACGCAAGUAUCUGGCCACAAUAAACCAAAUACUUGACAUGAACACAGAAGAACUAACAAAGUUAGGAGAUCAUGUUAGAGAUACUUUGAACAUUCAAAUAGACAUCCAGAGCCUGCUUUCAUCUACAGGGCUAAAAAAUAAGCUAGCACAUGUUUUGGUUGCGAGAGAAAAUGGGCAUGUACUAGAAUACUCAGGGAAGGACCUUAAAUCUAUAAGCCUCACAGACAUGCCGGUGCCUCUAGAUGCAGAUAAAACAGGUUCCAAUGGACUUCCUGGUGCAGAUAGCCAAUCAUGUCAGCCAGAGGGGAAUAACAAGGGGGCGCAACUAUUGGAGAAUUUAGAACCAGGCCAACCUCUGAAAACUGGCUCCCAUGGAAAAAAAAGAUGGACCAAAGAAGAAGAGGACACCUUACAGAUUGCGUUUGAGUCGUGUUUUAGAGAAAAAAGAAAUGUUUCAGUGAGAGAGAUUGAAAAAGCCAAGUCAGCCCACCCUAUUUUAAACAACAGAUCUGAUGCUGUCAUUAGAAGUAAGAUCAAUAAUAUUUUACUCGGGAAGGUGAGGAUCUCAGUAAAUUAACUAUUGUUAAAACACAAGUUUGAUGCUGCUGGCCGGGUUUAGCUUGUAUACUCUUUAAUUACAUGUCCAUGUGUUAUAUAUCAAAAGUUUUAAUAUAUGUAUAUAGUGAGCAACAUCCUCGUCAAUGCAACUAUUUAUAACUGGACCACAGCUCAUGUCCCUACCUUACUUUAAUAUAGCAUUCAAUGCAACAGGCAAAUGUUAUAUAUUAUGUUUCUCAAAAUGUAACAGGCCAACGUUAUAUAUAAUACUCCUCAAAAUGUAACAGGCAAACAUGGUUGUAUAGUUUCAAAAAACCAAUUCUAUAAUGCUUCUCAAAAUACCACUGCCUAUACAUUUAUUUGUUAACUCUCUACAAAUCUCGCCCCCGUACCUGCCCACAAACCCAAGUUUCCUGUCACAUACAACAACACAGUACACUCCCCUUCCUCUCCUGCCCCAUACCCACCUCCUAAUACUGAUCCAAAUAUGCCCCAGAUCCAGGUAUCCUCUAGUUACUUUGUGCCCUUAUGUAUUGCGUGCCCCUUUAAUUAUUUAUUUAUUGUGCUACCUUUAUUUACUUUAAUUAUUUAUUUAUUGUGUACACCCUGAUCCAAGUGUACCAUAAAUCCAAGUGUACCCCUGCUGUCCCCUACAUCUGCCGUACACAUAGAUACCCUGUCACAGUUAACAUAACGUUACGAUCUCAACUUUGUUCUUCCUACCUAUGUUGGUUUUAAUAUACUUUGGUAAAAUGGUUGUAAUCUUUCAUAUCCCAAUUUUUUGUAGUAAAUAAAUGUUUUUAUCUCAGGAGAAUGCUGUAUUUUGUGUACAUAAACAGUGUUUUUAUCACAGGAGAAUCAAUGUUCUAUUUUGUGUAUGUAACUGAUGCAUUUAUCACAGGGGAAUCAAUGUUCAUUUUGUAGAUUCCAACAUUCCUUUAAUAUUAGAAUGGUCAAAUUAUAAUAGUUUUUUUAAUGUACUUUUUUAAGUUGCAUAUAUUUUCUCUAUACUGCCAUUUUGAAAAUGUAUUUCUAGACGUUUUACUUUAUGUUUAUAUAGAUACCUGACUGUUUACUCAUAGAAAUGAUUUACUCUUAAUUGUAGUUAUCUUUUUCAUUGUAAUGAAGUAACUGAUGAAAUAUCCUUGUGGUUUUGCUUAGUUUCUGUAAACAAGCCCUUAAGUCUGCAGAUAUUCAGUUAGAAAUUAGCAUAUAUAUAUUGGUUGUUUUUUUUUGUGUGUACCUAAAACAUGUUGUCCUUAGACUACUGGUGGUAUAAGCCACUUGGGCCUGUUUAUCCAUCUGCCUGCUUUAGCAACCCUUAGGUUUGCAGUCAAUGCUUAUAUAAUUUUGAUUUUUCUAUUAAUAACUUCAUACUCAAAAAAUGGACUAGCUAAGGAUUAAAUAAAGACUUCAAUUUUUAAAAAUCAAUAUUUUACCAGGACAAAGUAAGGAAAGUUUUUUUUUUUUACCUGAUGAUUAGAAGAAUUGUUUUAACUUGUGUAACACUUGAUGAGUUCAAUCCAUGUUGUCUCACUCUAGGUAUUUUUACAUUUUUAUGUUUGUGUGUGGAUGUUACUGUAACAAAA